UGAUGAUCACACACAAGAAGUUGAGCUGAGAGCAACAGACACCACACCGACAGAAGACAAGAUGGUUACACAAAGACAGAAAUACCUGGGGAACGCCCUCCUCUCAGCAGUGGCAGCGCUGCUUCUUCUGACCACAGCAGGACAGUCGGCAAUACUGCCCAACGAGCUCCAGACCACAGCAACUCCUGCUCUGUUAAACUCAUCUCUGCUCACACAGCUCAACGACAGCAGUAUGGAGAAACCUUGGGUUCUGGGCUUACACAGAUCAUGUAGAAGUGAACAUGAAACAUACUGUGAAAACGGUGGAGAGUGCAUGUACCCCCAAGACAGCGACAAACCUUCAUGCAUCUGCACGUCUUCUUACAGCGGGCCUCGCUGCCUGUUCUUCAACGAUCGCACUCGCACUCUGCCUGAGUUAGAGCAAGUGAUUGCCAUCAUCUUUGGGGUAGCCAUGCUCAUCAUUGUCCUGGCCAUCAUUAUUUUCUGCUUUGCCUAUAAGAGGUGUAUAAAAUGGGCACCACAAAUCAAACCUGCACCAUCUGAGUUGUCAGUGUGACCCCUACAACUCAUCUGUUCACCAUCAUCUUCUUCAGCGGCACCACCGUUUUUAAUAUUUAUCAAACACAAGCCACAACAUUUCCUCCUACUGUAUAAUCAGCAGCGUUGGAAAACGAUUUAAAAAGCAAUUAAGAGAC